UCCUACCUGUCACCCCUCAUUUUGACUUUGAGUUAUAUUUUUAUAAAAUCGAUAAAAGUCUUCUAUUUCCUGGCCUUGGCAACGCGCAAACACAUCAAAAAUGUCUGAAGCGAUGAGAUUCAAAAAGGAGGAACCUCCACCAAAACUCCAUUGUGAAAUUUUAACGCCCAACGAUUCGAAAGACCCCAGUUACACCAACCUCGAGGUACCUUAUCGUGUGAUUUGCAGACAAAGGUACCAAAAAGCCGGCACUCAACAAAGAUUGCAGUUCUUGCGCGAGAUCCGAAGGCAAGAAAUCUCACAAUCGAAAGCCUUGAGCGGCGUGAGGAUUCACCGCGUGUUCUUAAAUCCAGUAUUGGUGCCCGCGGACCCGGUUGAAAUUAUUAAACUGACGCCGAAACAGAAGUUUAAACUCGAACAGUUGUUGAACGAAUAAAGGGUUAAAAGACGGCUUUUGUUGUGUUUUUCUGCAAAAAGAUGAUGUUUAUGGAUCGUUUGAAUGUGUGCCGCUCGUGGGCUUAAAAACGGUGAUUUUUUUCGGAAGAUGGGGUCAUAAAAAUUUAUUGGGCGUUUAUAUGAACGGAGCUGUUGUUCUAGUUGGGAGUUUUAGGGAAUAAUCUCGGUGCGUGUUGAGAUAUGUGUACAGGGGUUAUAUACUUAUUUUUUAUUGUUAUUGGGUGUGAGAGGAAUUAUUAUGCUGGGAAUUGGGCUUUUUAUUUGAAGUCAUGUUGGCCAGUAUAAAAUGUAGAUAAAAAAUAGGUAUAUAGGAACAUACCUGCUUUUAAUCUUUGU